CUUAAGACCCUUCUUUCAUUUCUUACUUGUAACGGUUCAGAUGGGCCGUUGCAUAUCCAACAGCUCAGAUUAAAAAAAAAACAAUUGAAAUUUUCGUCGAUCUCCCGCCCAAACAAAAACACAGUUUAUACAUUCACUCUCACUCUCACUUUCACUCAGCCUCACAGUCGCUCGUGGUCGUCUAUCCAACCUCUACCCUCACCGGCGAACCGACGACCAAUCCCGACGGCGACCCAGACGGCGAACCCACUCGUGACCCCACGACGACCAUAGCUCCACCACUCCAGCCUCUACGCUUCGUGAACUCCACCACAAUCGGUUGAGCAAAGAUCUCUUUUUCACGAAUCAAGUUGGUCUUCGAACAUCUGAAAUGAAGAAGUUAGGAGUCUGAAAAAAUGUAAGGCUUUUAGAGUUGGAAUUUCUAAAAAAAUUUAGGACUUUUAGAUUUGGAAUUUCAAAAUUAAGGCUUUGAUUUGGGAUUUUGAAUCGUCUGAAAAUUUUUAGGGCUUAUAGAUUUGGAAUUUCAAAAUUAGGACUUUGAUUUGGGAUUUUGAAACGUCUGAAAAAAUUUAGGGCUUAUAGAUUUGGAAUUUCAAAAUUAGGGCUUUUUUAGCCGUAACUACAAUGCUGUAAUUUUCUACAAUGCUGUAAUUUUCAAAAUUAGGGCUUUUUUAGCCCUAACUACAAGAAGUGUACCUAUUCUUUUUUCCAUCUCUGUCCAUAUGUAAGUACUUCUGUAAUUUUAAUAAAUUUUUGGAUAAAUAAAUAAAUUUAUCCUGUCCAUAUAAGUAGCUGUAGCUAUAAGACAAAUAAAUUUUAAUGGCAUCCGUUAAUAAAUCUAUUUUAACAAGUGUGUGUGUCCCAUAAAAAACAUUAUAAUGGCUAUUAUGGCUUCUUGAAUGGCUUCUUGAAUUCAACUGGAAGAAAACAUUCUCAUGCUAUUAUGAAACAAUACCACCAUUCUGUGUGUGCCCCAUAAUCAAUUUCAGUAAGUCUAGUGAUGCAGAAACCAAAUAUAGAAUUCUUGUGUAUAAAUAUAUGGAUGAACAUGAUUUUACAAGAUUUGAUGGUAUAGCCCACUUCUAAAAAUUCUUGAACAUGAUUUUACUAUCUUAUUCCCUGAAUCUCCCAGAAAUUAUUGCUUCAAACUUUCUUAAAUAUGAUGUGGGUGGUAAUUAUUAUAUUAUGUUUUGAAGAGACUUCAUUUUUUAUUUUUCACUUUUGCACCAUUUGUUUUUGUUUAUCAUUGUGGACUUUGGCCGGUGUUUUUUUUUUUUCUUCAUUAGUAUAUGCCCACAUUUUGAUGGACCUAGCAUGGUCUCUUCUUUUUUCAUUUUCAGUACAGACUGAUUUUGAGCCUGCCCGAGGUUGAGUGGGAUAGGUUUCUUGAAUGAGAUUCUGAUUGAAUGGGUUUGCCAAAUGGUUUGUGUUUUUAAAUGAGCAGCUUCUGUUCUUUUUUUUUAAUAUAAUAUUUUUAUUUGUUUUUUUCAUUAGUGAGUGACAUAUUUUGAGUAAGUUAAUAGUGCUGCCAGUUAUAUAUGCAUCUUUAUACUGCUGCCUAUUUUGCAUGUGUUUCUCUACUUGCUAUCUAUCACUUAUUCAUCUAUUAAAUGCAUACCUGUUUUGCAUCUGUUUUCUGUACUCAUUUAUUUUUUUGGUUGGCAACCAUAAAUUUUGUUAAUGAAAGAAUAAAUAAGGAGAAAUACACAUUGAAGGAGGACAGGAAAUCCACCAAAUAGAAAAUAAAAAGAAACAAAAAUUACAUAUCACACAACUUGCGAAUCUCUAUUAAUCAAAGGACGUUUUGACUCAGGGAAUAAGAUAGUAGUAAGGGAAUAAGGGUGCUAGGGUACAAUGUAAAGGCUGUUACAGUGUGUCUCAUCUCAUGUGUAGUACCCUUACAAAUAUUCUUCCCUAAUUUCAUAACUCAAAGCUAACUACUCAGGAAAAAAAAUCCAGAACCGUGUUUAGAAUUUAAAGUAUAUAUGAUAAAUCUGAUUUACAUUGUUUGUAUUGUAUUGUGUAUGCAGAUUUAGAAAUGGCUUCUUCUUCUACUAACAAUAGCAACAUCAAAUUAAAACCGAGACUGUGUAAUUGUGGAAGAACAGCUGCCAUAUAUAUUGUAAGAACCAAUGAGAAUAGAAAUAAAAGGCGUUUGUUCUUUAUUUACCCAUCAAAAUAUACUGAAACUCCCAAUUGCAAUUACUUCAAGUUCGUGGAUGAAGAUGAUGAAGAUGUUACGUCCACAAUCCGUUCCAACACUAGAGCUUCUAAUGGUGUUACAGUAGAAGACUUUAACGAGCUGAGGAGGAGGCUGUAUGACGUGGAAAAUGAACAUGAUGACUAUGGUCGAAGGCUUCGAAUGGUGGAAAAUAUUUUGAAGGCGAUGGUGUAUUUGAUUGUAUUUUCUAUACUUUUGUACUUUAUGAUAUAAUGUUAUUAUGGAUUUAUGGAUUUAAUGUUAUUAUGGAUUUAAUGUUUUUGGCUUUGAUGAA